AAGUUAAGCGAUGGACUUUGAAUUCGUCAGCCACCAUCAGACGUCAACUAGCGAAAGGCAAAGGCAGAGGCAAAAAGCAGGAAAAAAUAUUCAGUCCAAGUGAAAACUGUAAAUAAGUGCUUGUGUCUCCAAAAAGGAAUCGUACUCAUUGUCUGAAGUGUUUGGUUUCGUGUUAAUCAAUCGGAGUGUGACUCAAAACCCAUUUGUGGCAGUGUAAAUCUCCAAAUAACCCUCGCUGUUCUGAACAGCGAAAAUGGCAAGUUCAUCAAGGGAUCAUCACCUGAACAAGGUUUGCUGCUAUGCACACCCGGAUGCACCACUAAUAGAAGAUUAUCGAGCGGGGGAUAUGAUUUGCUCCGAGUGUGGGCUGGUUGUUGGCGACAGAGUAAUAGAUGUCGGUUCUGAGUGGCGAACUUUCAGCAAUGAGAAAGCUGGCGUCGAUCCAUCUCGUGUUGGUGGUCCAGAGAAUCCGCUGCUUUCCGGUGGCGAUUUGUCCACAAUGAUUGGACCAGGAACGGGACCAGCUUCUUUUGAUGCUUUUGGAACCGCCAAAUACCAGAACAGACGCACUAUGAGCAGUUCCGACAGGGCACUCAUAGCAGCGUUUAAAGAAAUCAGCACAAUGGCCGACAGGAUCAAUUUGCCAAAAACAAUCGUAGAUCGGGCCAACAACCUGUUCAAGCAGGUUCACGAUGGCAAAAACCUGAAGGGUCGUUCGAACGAUGCUAAAGCAUCCGCUUGUUUGUAUAUCGCGUGUCGUCAGGAGGGAGUACCGCGUACGUUUAAGGAAAUCUGUGCCGUUAGUAAGAUCAGCAAGAAAGAAAUAGGUCGAUGUUUCAAGCUGACACUGAAGGCUCUCGCCACAUCCGUUGAUCUCAUUACAACAGCUGAUUUUAUGUCUCGUUUCUGCGCGAAUCUGGAUUUGCCGAACACGGUGCAGCGUGCCGCAACACAUAUCGCUCGCAAAGCAGUCGAAAUGGAUAUUGUACCUGGACGAUCACCAAUCUCAGUAGCCGCCGCAGCUAUCUAUAUGGCGUCGCAGGCAUCCGAUCAGAAGAAGACACACAAAGAAAUAGGUGACAUUGCCGGUGUGGCCGAUGUCACCAUCCGACAGUCGUAUCGUCUAAUGUAUCCCCAUGCAGCCGAACUGUUUCCGGAGGACUUUAAAUUCACCACACCAAUCGAUCAGCUGCCACAGAUGUAGAGCACAUCUGUUCUCCCGGUGUACCUUUGAGAGGACAACGACGGAAAAUGUUUCCUUUUCUGUAUCGCAAACUUGAUCGGAACCGUUGUUCUGUUUGCUUUUUUGAGUAAAGUUUCUAGUUAAUUUUUCAGUAGUGCUGCCUUCCUUCAAUGGCAGAACAACAAAAAACAAAACCGAUUAGAGGCCUGCCUUCAAAGAAGAAAACUGUCACCUCACCUGAUCAGGGGGAAGUAUGAAAUACAGUGUUAUUAAUUAUGAAGUAGGUGUAAUAAUUUCUUUAAUAUGGAACUACAAUAAAAACAAUACAACCGAUUUAGGUAAGAAUA